AUGUCGGCAGAGAGGGCCGAGCUGCUGGUGAGCACCCUGGCCAGCACCGCCCGGCUGGUGCACAGGGCUGGAGAGGCCCAGAAAUCUGCCCAGCUGGCCUGUUUCCAUGCGGGGCAAGCGCUGGCCCAGGCGGGGGAGGUGCUGUCUCUCUCCAAGCAGAGCUACCUGCAGGCCCGACGCCUGGGAGAUGGGCUGCUGGGCUCCCUGCCGCAGCCGGACUAUCAGGGGCUCUUCCAGUGCCUGGCCCGGCCCCCCCCGGCCUAUGAGGAGUUCAGAGCCACGCUGCGCCGGGACGAGGAGGGCGCCGAGGAGGAGGAGGGGAGGUCGCUGCAGGUCCGGGGACGUGACCCCUCCCGCCACAGACAGGUGGAGGCGGUGAGGCUGGAGGAGCAGAUGGGGGGGGCCUUUGUGACCCAGAGGCGCCGCUCCCCACCUGGCAGCCUGGAGGCUCUGUCCCCCCUGGUCUCCGAGCAGGAGCUCAGCUCCAUCCAGCCCCUGAUCCACUGCCCCUCUCGCCAAGGGGGGCCCGGUAAAUUCCUGAGCAAAGUGACCCGUCGGGACCGGCCCCCCUGCGAGAACUUGGACAGCGACACCGACCAAUCGGAGAACUCGGCCAAGGACACCGCCUAGCCCGGCCCCGUGUCCCCCCCGGCACGGGCCGAGACUGUAAUAAACACGGGUCUUGA